AUCGUCCCUCACACUCUCACUCUCUGCAUCUUCUUCUCAUCGCCCCCCCCUCUCUCAUUGCACCUCACGACAAACAACAGCUAUAUACCACAUUCAUACAUGCUCUAACGAAACCCCCCACAACCCACAUACAUAAUGUCCACAACGUCCUCUAGUCACCCUCACUUCAACCGUCUCGCCCUCGCGGCUGCCCUCCUCGAGUACGACAACGAUGAGGAGGACCCAUAUCGCGAGUAUGUGGACCACAAGCGGUCGGCCAUGUUCAGGCCAUUCUACAAGCCCAAGCUCCCACCCCUGCAGCACGAGCUUGAUGCCGAACGUGAGGACCGUAGGCGCUCCAUCGUCAGGCCAGCACACGGCCGGCAACAGAGCGGACACAGCGGAGACUGGCACAGCCAAGACCCUCACGAGCGCGUUCAGUUUCCGCAGGACGGCGACCUUGUCGACGUCGAUCGCUGGGGUUUCCCUGAGCCCGCCCCAGAGGGUCGCACCCACUCGAUGGACCUCGAACGCGUCCAAGACAACACGGCUCGCAAGAUCCCUCACACUCGAACAGUGUCCUUCUCUGCUGUGCCCGAUGCCACACAGCCCGGUGACCGCGCCCGUUCAGUCUCGAUCCACCUGGAGCGCUUUGACAGUAGCGAUGGCGAGACAAUCGAGGGGCGCGUGUCCGCAGGUGCCGACUAUGCGCUUCGCGACGCUGAGAGAGUGCGCCGGCUUGCAGAGCAGGGCGGUGCCGCUGCGGUGUCUCCACACGGCCGCAGACCUAGCUCUAUUGCGCAGCUGCAGUUGCAGGACGGAAGGGGAAACCCAGUCAUGGUGCCCAUGCCAGACUCGCCUUCCAACGCAAUGUUCGCUCGCCCCGGAUCGUCCCUCAGUGGCCACCGCAUGUCGGUGGUGCAGUCGCCCUCUCGACUGGACCCCGAAGCAGAAGAGGAGGAGAUUCUUCGCAACCCGUUCGAGUUGCCCGCACCUCCGCCUGAACUUGGCUCCAGAUUCGACCCCAAGACUCUCGAUGCCCAACGCAAGUCUGUGGAUCUCUCCCGACUGUCGCUCGACAGUGGCGUACGUCCGUCCAUGGACGAGCUGAACGUGGCGAGCGAUCCCGACGCUGUCCGGCCUUCACUGGAACGCCGCGCCUCUCUGGUUUACAGUGAGGACGGCAACCUCACAAACCAACAGUCUGCCCACGACGAGCCUGAGCGCAUCAAGUCCCGAAUCUUUGACGAUAUCCCAUCACCCGAGGAGUAUGGCCGCCCUCUCAGGCCACCCAAGUACCAGUCACACGCCCUUCUUCUCCACCGACAGGAGCUGAUGCGGCCCAAAAACCUCAUCAUGCCCUCGUUCUUGGAAGGUACCGAGCAGCAGAAGCACUCGGUUCACGUUCCCGAGGGUUUCACUCUGGGUGAGAAGCCUCUGCCUGCCGACGCGCGAGCCUCCAUCUUGAACAUGGGCAUGGGUGUGCCCCUCAGUCUCAGUCAACGGACAUUCCGCAGCAGUCUGAUGGUUGGUGGACAACGUGACGAAGCCGAGUUCUUUGCUGGCCAUGCUGCUGAGGAGGGUGAAAUCUACCGCAACCCGGGACAAGAGUACGAGGAUGAGCAAGAGUUCCGUAAGCCUGGCAAGCUUUACGGUACAAGUCUUAUCGAUCAGCUGGAGAACCGCAAACAGCAACUGCGAAGCAAGCAGCGCGUCUUCUACGGAGACGGGCGGCCGUCCAUGAUGUCUCGUGCGGGCCCCGACGCCCGUGCCUCGACUCUUAUCGACCCAGAGGCCUUUGCGGAUCCGGCGUUCCCCGACCAGAAUGUCCCUGGCACUCCCCCGCGUCCUCACAGCUACGCACCUGGUUCUGUUCCUCUACUUUCCGUUCCGGACGGCGACGGCGGGAGCCCCCAGGAGAGGCUUGUCAAGUCACGCAGCGUGUUCGGUGUCGACACGGUCUGGGAGCGCGAAAUGGCCAAGCUCAAGACCAUGCAGGAGGCUGAGCAGCGGGCCAAAGAAGAAUUGGACGCGCGGGAACGCGCAAAGAAGGAGAAGGCCGAUAAGAGGAAGAGCCGCUGGGGCAAGACCAAGAGCACCAUGGAUCUUGACCAAGCCGCCGACCUGGACUCGGGUGAGCUGGCGCCGCCUGGCCAGCCUUUCAUCGACACGUACAACUCUCCGGCUAGCUCGCGACUCUCGAUUGUCGAGUCCCACAGCCGUCAGUCUUUGGCCGCUGACCCCAUUGCCAAUGCGCGCAUGUCGAUGGGCACUGACCCGCGCUUGUCGGCAUACGACCCUCGAACAUCGGCGUACGACCCUCGUAUUUCUUCCUACGACCCGCGCAUGUCGAUGGCUCCGCACCCGGAGGAUGUUGAAGAGGUCAUGUCGGAGCAGGACUCGCAGGCGGACCACUCCCCGAGGGUUACCGACCGCCCUCCCACGUUAAUGUACACGGGGUCGGACGCAGCGGCUAUCGACCUUAUGCCCAAGGAGCAGAAGCCCGCUGAGAGGCGACCCGGAAGCCGACUCGGCGUCGGGGACUGGUUCCAAAGCAGUGACGAGGGCUCUGACGACGACGAGCCUCUUCGCGAGACGAAGCGCAAGUCGGCCAUGUCGACCUCUAGGGCGCCCGUGUUCCCACCCCCUCCUCAGCUGCCUUCGUCGUCGGUCCUCCAUGCGGCAGCUGCCCGUGCAAAUGAUGGCGAUUCUUCCGACGAAGACUUACCUCUCUCGCAACUCCGUUCCAAGGCAAUCAACGACGAGAGCUCGGACGAGGAGGUCCCUCUGUCCCAGCUUAAAAACAAGGACAACGACGUUAUUCAGAUUACGACCAAGAAGUCGCCGCCCAAGCAGUCGACGAUUCGAGCUGUCAAUGCUCCUCAAAUCUCGCUCUCUCCCACCUCGCCAGGCAAGGGAGCCAGCAAGGACGAAGACGAUGAUGAACCCCUCCUUAUCCGCCAGGCGCGGACCCGAUCUGCUCUCAUGCCCCAUGAUCCCCCUGACCGCACUGGCUCUGCAGCUCCCUCUGCACAGACGGUCGAAGAGAUUGAGGACGACCUCCCGCUUGCGUGGAAACACGCUGGUGCGGCCCAGAAACAACAUCAAGCCAAGCAGGCAGCGGCGCCAGCUUUCGACCCGAUGCGCGCCACGAUGAUGAGCGUGCAGCCCGUGCCCCCGACCUACCCCUACGGCGUGUCGCCUUACGGUGCUUCGCCGUACGGCGUACCACAGUCCAUGUACGGCAUGCCGUCGCCCUACGGCCACAUGGGCAUGCCCAUGGCUCCGGCUAUGAGCCCGAUGGGUAUGCCUGGGCCCAUGGGCAUGCCGGGUGCGAUGGGAAUGCCGAGCCCCAUGGGCAUGAUGCCGCCUGUUGCUCCAGGCAUGCCGUUCCCGACGCUUGAUGCGCCUGACCCGGGUCGCAACAUUGAUGACUGGCGUCGCCAGAUCAUUGUACCGGUUGCGACUGGCUCUGCACAGACCGAGUCUAGCCGUGGAUAGUUGCGCAAGGACACGCCAGAGACGAACCCCAUUAGCAUGGCUGUUUUCUCAAAUGAGACAGCCGAACCUGUAAUUUAGAUGUGCACAAUAGAGAAAUAUGCUCAUCAUUGGACAAUAUGCGUGUUUGAGAGUCAGUGCGGG